GACCAUCUUCCUGCUCUCUUCGGACCUCGAUUUGCCCUGUACCAUUUCCCCAUGUCGCGCAGUCGUCUACAGAAUAGCCUCGACAGAGACGUCUUCCAAAUCGUCAGGAGAUACGCAGACGAGGCCACGGACCUGCCUGCGAGCAGAAUCCGGCCUAGUGCCAUAUACGAUUGGAUCAAAACAUCAAACUCGAGCCUGAGGCGGCGACCCAAGAAGCAGCUCGAGGACAGCAUUGAGCGCGUGUUGGCUGUCUUACAGGAAGACGAAUGCGGAAACGACGACGAACUCGUCCCUUUGGAGGGCAACGUUGGGGAGGAACUGGAAGUGGAGAAGCCGUCUGUCGAUAUCAUGAAUCGACAGAUUGUUAACGGUUGGGCAACGGCUGCCAAAUCCGGAGCUGCGACCCCCUCGACAAAUGGCCAGAAGACGCGGAAGAGGGAUGCCACCAGAGCGACCGAAGAACGGGAAAGUAAGAAGCAAAAGACACUGGACCUUGUGCCUCCGACUCAUGUCAGCUUGAAAGAUGUUGGUGGGUGCGAGCAGGUCAUCGAACAGUUGAGGGAGCAUCUGGUAUUGCCGUUGCUGGAUCCAGAAGAAUAUGUCAGGAGACGAUUACCGAUACCGCGGGGUAUCCUGCUUCACGGUCCACCGGGAUGUGGGAAGACCCUGAUCUGUCGAGCGUACGCAGCCCUCGUCGGCGUGCCCUUCGUCGAGAUACUAGGCCCUUCGAUCGUGUCCGGCGUGUCCGGCGAGUCAGAGAAGCAGAUCCGGGAGAUAUUCGAAAAGGCGAAAGAGGCCGCACCCUGUCUGUUGUUCAUCGACGAAAUCGAUGUCAUCGCACCCAAGCGGGAGAGCGCCCAAAGCCAGAUGGAGAAGAGAAUCGUUGCCCAACUGCUUGUCUCAAUGGACGGCUUGGCCAUGGAGGCCAACGAUGGCAAGCCGGUCAUUGUGCUCGCAGCCACGAAUAGACCGGACAGCCUCGACCCUGCGCUUCGACGAGGCGGCCGUUUUGACACUGAAAUCAACAUGGGCGUGCCGAACGAAUCGACAAGGGAGAAGAUACUUCAGGCGCUGACGCGCGGCCCUAAGAUGGCACCCGAUGUCGACCUCAAGGCGCUAGCAAAGGCUACGGCAGGGUUUGUGGGCGCCGAUCUGAAGGACCUUGUCAGCAAAGCCGGUACAUGGUCGAUGGAUAGGUACCGCCGGGCUCUCGAGGAGCAGGCGGCAGAGCUGGAGAGCGAGAUGGAGGUCGAUGGCGACCAAUCCGAAUUUCCUAACGAGUCGGUCAGGAGAUCGUAUCUUCUCGUCAAGCGUUUACGGGCGAAGGGAAUCCCCAGACCAGAUGGGCACGAUGACGCAAUCUCGAUGGAGGCGUUCCAGGCCGUGCUGCCCACCAUAACGCCAUCGUCCAAGCGAGAGGGUUUUGCAACGGUGCCGGAUACGACUUGGGAGGAUGUCGGGGCUCUGGACGACGUCAGGGAGGAGCUUGAGCUGAUGAUUGUCGAGCCCAUCAAAGAUCCCGAACGGUUUAGAAACCUCGGUCUUCCUCCCUCCGACGGCGUAUUGCUGUGGGGACCCCCUGGGUGUGGUAAGACACUGCUUGCGAAGGCUGUGGCUGCGGAGUCAAAGGCAAACUUCAUCAGCGUCAAAGGCCCAGAGUUGUUCAACAAGUAUGUUGGCGAGUCCGAACGCGCAGUCCGCCAAGUGUUUAUGCGCGCCCGUUCCUCUGUCCCUUGUGUCAUAUUCUUCGAUGAAGUGGAUGCGCUCCUUGCACAGCGUAACGAGCAAUCGGAGGCCUCAGCUCGAGUUGUGAAUACCAUUCUCACCGAAUUGGAUGGCCUCAGUGAUCGCGACGGUAUCUACCUCAUCGCUGCCACGAAUCGACUGGAUAUGAUUGACGAGGCGAUGUUGCGAGCAGGGAGGUUUGCGCGUCUCCUUUACGUCGGACCACCAAAGCCGGAGGAACGAGUCAAGAUCAUGCGUGCGCUGAUGAAGAAGACGCCUCAUAAUCUCCAACUAGCAGAGUUCGCCAGGAGAGACGACAAGGAUGGAUGCAAGAACUUCUCUGGUGCCGAUCUCAGAGCGCUUCUACAUAAUGCGGCGAGGCAUUGCUUGAGAAAUCAGCGAAGGGAACUGGAGCUGGUGGACUUUGAAGAGGCGGCUAAGACUAUGGUGCCUAGUAUUCGCGAUCUUCAGAGGUAUGAAGAGCUGCGAAAGAAGUUCGAAUCGGUGGAUUGGUUACGGAGAUAGGUCGAGAGACUCCCUAAAGGCAAGGCGCUACUUUUACUCUCUUAGAGUCAGCAGUCUUCGAAGAUUUGACGCAUGGUUAGAUUUGGUGAUAUUCACACCCAGUACCCAG